AUGAAGGCGUCUGUCAUCUUCUCAGCUCUGCUCAUCUCCAGCGCGCUCGGAGCCAUCGACGACUAUUGCACGGACAGCAAUGGGAACGUCGGGACCUGUCAAAAAACGUCGAAGUGUAGCUCCCUAAACGGUCUCACCGUGAACAAUAAAUGCCCCAACGAUCCAGCCAAUGUCAAGUGCUGUCUUUACCCCGACUGCAAAACCGAAAGCGGCAUCUGCAAGAAGGACAGUCUCUCCUGCCCCGGCGGCUACGUUACUGGCGAGUGCCCAGGCAAGGCACACUACCGCUGCUGCAAAUGGGCCCAGAAGCCACCGAUUUGUACCAGGGGAGACAAGGGCCGCCGCUGCAUUCCCGUCGGAUCGUGA